GAGCCAGAUGGUGCACCACAAAAUGUAAGGGGACAUAACAUCAGUUCAACAAGCAUUUCAGUAUCGUGGGAAGAAGUGCAAGCUGAGCUGCGGAAUGGUAUCAUUACCGGUUACAAUAUAACGUACCAGUCUCAGACAGAAAAUGACAGUGGAGUUGUAGAAGGUGGUCCUAACGAUCGUCAGGCCAACCUAACAGGGCUAAAGGAGUUUGUUCAAUACACUAUUUCAGUGUUUGCAUCUACAGUGAAAGGAAUUGGACCGCCUUCUGUUCUUGUUGUUAGAACAGACCAAGAUAGUAAGUGGCUUAAUUUAUUUUCCCUUUUUCCAUUAACGAAGAGUUAGUGUUUUACAGUUGAGUUUAAAACAAAAUUUGAUGGGUUUUUCAAUGAUCAAUUUCUGUAUCAAAUUGUACUGUCCAUCAACGUCACCGUUUAGGGAUUUGUCGUUUUGCCAUUUGACCGACUGGAAACUGUAAUUUUAUCUGCGUUUCUAUAUCGACCCGGUGAUGUCACCUCCAGUUUUAUUUUUCGUCAUUAUUUUUCGCCUCAUGUAACGUAAUUCGGAUUCCAGAAUCCAGUAAAUGUUUGCUUGGGGAGUCUGGAAUCCUUGGAAUUCAGCUCAAGGAAUCUGGAAUCCCGCUAACGAUUAGAAUCCCGAAUCCAUGGCCUAGAAUCCAGAAUCUAACGCUAUCUUACUGAUUACCUUAUUUGGGGCGAUUUUGCUGUUAAAUUGUUCCUUGUGGGGAAUGUCGAAGUUAUGUAGCGUCAUCACGAACUAACAACAGUUACUUUGAAUUUGUUCAUCAGAACCAGAUGGUGCACCACAAAAUGUAAGGGGAAAUAACACCAGUUCAACCAGCAUUUCAGUGUCGUGGGACGAAGUGCAAGCUGAUCUGCGGAAUGGUAUCAUUACUGGUUACACUAUAACGUACCAGUCACAGACAGAGAAUGACAAUGACAUUGUACCAGCUGGCCCUAACGAUCGUCAGGCCAAUCUAACAGGGCUAAAGGAGUUUGUUCAAUACAAUAUUUCAGUGCUUGCAUCUACAGUGAAAGGAAUUGGACCGCCUUCUGUUCUUGUUGUCAGAACAGACCAAGAUAGU